AUUGGCCAAUUAGACCUUGCUAUUUUUGGGCAUGGUCUGGACUAGUACUAAAAGGCUGAAAACCCCUUUCCUUUUGCCUUACGCCAAGGGUAAGGGGUGUGUAUAGGAGGAAAAGUUACGUUUGCUUACAGCUUUCUGAUUGAAAGUACAUACUGUCAUCUUAACCUUUCUUUUCCUGAAACUAUAUAUUUAAUCUGCUUGUGUUACUGUCCACUGCAACAACCAACGCUCCUCAUCAUAUCAAAGACAAGAUGCUUCCCACAGUGACUGGACCAGGGGCUCUGCCCUUUGCCGUGCAGUUGAAGGCUCUGACUGACCAGGAGUUCAGGUACCAGCCCAAGCUGAGCGGGCUGAGGAUCAUUGAGACGGCCCAUGACAACGGCCUGAGGAUGACCGCCCGGCUCAGGGAGUACGAGGUGAAGGACCUCCUGUCUCUGACCAGGUUCUUUGGCUUCAGUGCAGAGACCUUCUCCCUGGCCGUCAACCUGCUGGACCGCUUCCUCGCUGUCAUGAAGAUCCAGCCGAAGCAUCUGUCAUGCGUGGGCCUCUCCUGUUUCUACAUUGCUGUGAAGACCUCGGAGGAGGGGAAGAAUGUCCCCAUGGCCAACGAGCUGAUCCGGAUCAGCCAGAACCGAUUCACUGUGUCUGACAUGAUGAGGAUGGAGAAGAUCAUUCUGGAGAAGCUCUACUGGAAGGUCAAAGCCCCCACGGCCCUCCACUUCCUCAGGCUGUUUUACAGCUGUAUCCAGGACACGCUUGAAGAUGGCUGCAAGGAGAUCCUGAACAUUGAGAGACUAGAAGCCCAGCUGAAAGCCUGCCAUUGCUCUUUCACUUUCUCCAAAGUCAAGCCCUCUCUGCUUGCCCUGUCCUUGUUGGCCCUGGAGCUUCAGGAGCAGCAUGACCAUGAGCACGUAGACAAGCUGCUCAACGCCUUCAAGUCUCUCCAGCAGCAACUCACUGGCAUACAACGGAAAACGUUUGAAAUGUUUUGCAACGGAAAACGAGAGAAAAGACACGCUCAAAGAAAAUGAGUUUCUUAUUGGACAAGUCCCAAGGUCCGAGAAGGAGACCUGGUUAUCGUGACAGAGUUGGUUAUGAAGUGUCUCAUUGAGUAUUCAACCACCAGGGUCUCCAGGCCCAACAGCCAGAGGCUUCGUUGGAUACUCUCUGGCAGAACGCAACGCACGUUGAAACACAGCUACUACAAGAUCGCCCAUAUGCCCACAAUCCCCGAGUCCGCCUACUGAACCCUGGGGCUGGGUGACCACCGAUACAAAAGUAGGAGUACACCGAUGCAAAAGGAGAAGUAGGCUACCACCUCUUCUCCCCUAAAAACAUGUUUUGUUUUUCAGUUUCAUGGAAAAAUGGCACAAAAAACCCCCCCCCAAAAAAACAACUUCCUGUACUCUACUUUUGCUACAUGGUCACCCACCUCCACUAACCCAUUUCCCUUACAGAACUGCAUUAUGGAUGAUGUAGUUCUUUAAGGGGAAAAACCUGUUACCUUUUUCUUUUUUCUCCUGUUUUUUCCUGUUCUUUUUGAAUAAGCUCACUAUUUAUUAGCCUACAUCUGCUUCAUUGACUAAGGCUGCAUCUGAAACGGCACCCUAUUCCCUAGAUAGUGCACUACUUUUGAUAAGGUUGGAUCGCUCCUUAUAGGGAAUAGGGUGCCAUUGAGAAGGCACGCCAAGGGAGUAAUGCCCGGUCAAGAGUGGGUUUAUCCGCUGCCACCUAGCGAAGGUUUAAAUCCUUCCUGGUUGAAAUGCUUGCACGCGUGUAUACAGUAUGUUCUUAUCUGAAUCAGUACCAACAUGAAUACUCUGCAUAGUAUUCUAUCGUGGUUGCUGGUUUUUAAGCAAUGAAGUAUAGAACCACCUAGGUCCUCAGUCCACUAUGUGGAAGAGGAGGGAGAAGGGUUUUGUGAAAAUGCAAAAACAAUGGAACCAAGAAAUCGGACCCAAAACCCUUAACUUCCACCCUAGGUUGACCAACUGGCCUAAAAAUGCACACUCCUCUACCCAAGGUGAUGAAAAAUAUUUUAUUUUGAAACGUUUUUGUUGUUGUACUUGUGAGGGUGUUUUUGUUGCGGUUUCCCCAGCAACGAUCCUGCACAUGUAUUGGUUUUCGCUUGCAGGAUAGCAUGCUCUUGGAGCUGAAACGGUCUGUGGAUGACGCCCCCCCCAUUAUCUACUGUGACAUCGAUAUAACUAACAAUGGUUACAGAUUAACACGAUCACUAUUACAAAAUGUGAUGUUGAAUUAUCUUGAUUUGUGGCAAAAAACGUAGCCUUUUAGAGAACAACCACUCACAAUGAAUUUAUUGUAUUAUGCUAAAAAUGCACUAAGUCACUUAGAUAAGCACAGUUGAUAUAGGAAAUGAAGUAAGUUUGAUCUGCAUUUACUAAAGUAUUUGAUGUGCUGAGGCCAUAGCCAACCACAAUUUGAGCUUAGUAUUUUGUUAAGAAUUUGAAAUAAAGUUGAUGUUCUGGAAUUUGAAAACUUUGCCUAAAAAAAAAACAGUUGUAACUAAAUCUGUUUAACCCAUGUGUUUGGACCUUUCAAUAAAACCAUAUUGAAAAGCUG